AUGUCGCACAAGACCGUUACCCCCUUGGAGCUCAAGGACUCCCUGAAAAAGGAGACCGAAGAAGCAUGUGCCAUCGACGGCGAGGCUUCGGAUGUAGUCUUGGAUCCAAAGAAAGAGGCAAAGCUCCUCGCCAAAUUGGAUACCGCUUUUGUGCCUAUUAUCAUGUUGACCUACCUCACCUGUUUCCUGGAUAGAUCGAGUAUCGGAAAUGUCAAGGUUGCCAAUAUGCCCGAAGACAUCCAUGCUUCACCAGACCAAUUCUCAACCGCUGUCUCCAUUUUCUACGUCACAUAUGUUCUUUUUGAAGCACCAUGGGCGGUCAUGAUGAAGAAGUUGACCCCUCGCAAUAUCUUGACGGGACUCUGCAUUGUUUGGUCCCUAACCACUAUCUUCACUGGAUUUAUCCAGUCGGUGGGUUCUCUCUACGCGACCCGUCUUAUUUUGGGUGCUUGUGAAGCAGGUCUGUUCCCUUGUCUCAAUCUCUACCUGACCACGGUCUAUCGUCGAGAGGAGCAAGCAAAGCGUGUUUCUUACCUGAUGAGUUGUGCUGCCAUCGCGGGGGCUGUAGGAGGUCUCUUGGCUUAUGGCCUCUUGCAGAUGGACGGAAUUGGUGGCAAAGCAGGAUGGAGAUGGGUCUAUAUCAUUGAGGGCCUGUUCAGCAUCAUCUGUGCCGCUCUCAUCUGGUUCGGUCUUCCAAAUAACCCGGCCGAAGCCUACUUCCUCACCGAAGAGGAGAAAUGGAUGAUGCGAGUACGCAAUGAACAGCGUCGCAAGUAUAUGGGAAGUGAAGAAUUUAGCUGGGAAGAGAUGCGCAUCGCAGUGAGGGAUCCCAAGUUGAUGUUCAGUAGCGUCGUUCAGUUCUGCCAGGAUAUCCUCUUGUAUGGGUUCAGCACUUUCCUUCCCACUAUCCUGCGUGGCAUGGGCUACGAUUCCUUGAUGAGCAACGUCUUGACUGUCCCAGUCUAUGUCUGGGCUGCCUUGAUCUUUGUCAUCAUUGCUUGGUGCUCAGACCGAUAUUCCACAUUUGCAUCGUACAUAUUCGGAGCGAACAUGUUCGGAUUGGUCGGUUACAUUAUACUUCUCGCCGUAGACAAUACCGCCGUCAAAUACUUUGCCACUUUCCUCAUCGGCAUCACCACCUACACAUCCGUUGGUCUCAACGUCGCCUGGCUGAAUGUGAAUGUCGCCCCACAAUACCGUCGCGCCCUCGCGAUUGGUCUCCAGCAGACAAUCGGCAAUUGUGCCGGUAUCGUUGCCGGUCAGGUCUAUCGCACCUCACCUUAUGUGCUGGGUAACUCCUUCUCUCUGGGAUCCCUUGUGGUAGCGCAAGCCACGGUGGUUGGAUAUGGUCUCUACUUACGGCGGGAAAACAAGGUGAAGGAGCAAAUUAUCAGUGGUGAAAAGGAAGACACUCGACGGGUCCAGACCGGUGAUGGAGAGCUGGAAUUCAAGUAUAUCUACUAG